AUGCUAACAAGCUCCACGUGGAACGUCCUAACAAGCUCCCACGUGGGACGUGCUAACAAGCUCCCACGUGCCAACAAGCUUGCCUGUGCUGACAAGCUUGUCCGUGCGCUCACUCAUACCAACAAACUUGCUCGUGCCAACAAGCUCCCACAUGCUAACAAGUUAAGCUCUCACCUCUCACAUGCUAACAAGCUCACCUGUGCCAACAAACUCGUUUGUGCUCUCGCUCGUGUUAACAAGCUCCCACGUGCCAACAAGCUCUCACGUGCCAACAAACUCCCAUGGGCUAAUAAGCUCCCACCUAAGCUCCCACAUGCUAAUAAGCUCCCACUUGCUAAGAAGCUCCCUCGUGCCAACAAGUUCCCUUAUGCUAACAAGCUCUCACGUGCUAACAAGCUUCCAUGUGCUAACAAUCUCCCACUUCUCAUGGGAGACGUGCUAAUUAGCUCCCACGUGGAAUGUGCUAAAAGGCUGCAACGUGCAAACAAGCUCCCACGAGCUAACAAACUUGAUCGUGCUAUCAAGCUCGGUCGUGCCAACAAGCUCCUACAUGCCAACAAGCUUCCACGUGCUAAUAAGCUAAGCUCCCAUGUACUAAUAAACUUCUUCAUACUAACAAGCUUCCUCGUGCUAAUAAGCUCCCUCGUGUUAACAAACUCUCUCGUGCUAACAAACUUUCACAUGCUAACAAGUUUCAACAUGCUAACAAGCUCUCACGUGGAAUGUGCUAACAAAGUCUUACAGAGCUAA